AUGUUUAAAUGCAAGAUGGCGGACUUGCUCUGAACAGGCAGAAACGAGAGAGCCAAAGGCAGCCUGCAAACAUUGCAAGAGUGUCUAAUCUCCCUGCCCUGGUCACUGUGUGACAGAGGAUGCUCCUCCUUCUGCCCCCAACAACCGACGGAUAUAAAGAACUGGCAUCUCUGAGCAGACUUAAAACAAGUUUAUAAUUGCAAAGGACACCUGAAUUCAGUGAUAGGUGGCCGGUGCAGAUGUCAAGAAGCUGCUGCUCAUUCUUUGAACCUUCAGACUGCAAGUUGCUAUCUUAUGUAGUUGCACUAUGAAAAUGCUGCUAAGGGGUUAAAUGUUAAGAAGUGACCAUGCAUUGAUGUAGCACCAAAAGCCAUUAUAGUCAUAGACGCCUCUGGAAAGCUUGAAGGGGCAGGAUCCACAUCGGUUCAGUUUGUUGUCAUUCCACCGCAGCAACAUGGCCAGUAAGCGAAAAUCCACUACGCCCUGCAUGGUCCUGGCAAGUGAGCCGUAUCCACACCUGGAUCUGGUGUCUGAUGUUGACGAAGAGCCUCCUGUAAUUACACCAGCAGGUAGUGUGUCCAGUGACGAGGACUCCCGAGAAUUUGUGGACUCGGACAAUCAGCAAAAUAAGAAAGUGGAAGGCGGUUAUGAAUGCAAAUACUGCACAUUUCAGACUCCAGAUCUCAAUAUGUUUACUUUCCAUGUGGACUCUGAGCACCCCAAUGUUGUAUUAAGUUCCUCCUAUGUCUGUCUUGAAUGCAAGUUCGUUACCAAAAGGUAUGAUGCCCUUUCAGAACAUAAUUUAAAGUACCACCCCGGAGAGGAGAAUUUUAAGCUGACCAUGGUGAAACGUAACAACCAGACAAUCUUUGAGCAAACGGUAAACGAUCUAACUUUUGACGGGAGUUUUGUGCAAGAGGAGAAAGCCGAAGAACUAGAUGCUUCUGAUGGCCACUUGUCAGGGAUCUCAAUUAGUAAAACCCCAAUUAUGAAAAUGAUGAAGAAUAAGAAUGAAGCAAAGCGAAUAGCUGUCUUUCACAAUGCAGCAGAGGAUGGCCUUGGGGAAGAGAAAGAUGCUGAAAGUGACUCGGAAUGUGAGGAAGUCAUAGAAAAACCAGCCUCUGUGGUUUCGGACUCCAACACAAGUCCUACGCUGACUGCAGAAGCCAUUAGCACAGUUGUGAACCCUACAACGGUGAUUCAGCCUGCCCAAGUGAUCACUACCAUCGCAUCUCCACAGAACUCCAGCUUAAUUUCUAAAGUCUUGAUCCCUAUAAACAGCAUUCCGACCUACAACACCGCUUUGGAUAACAACCCUCUCUUGCUAAACACCUACAACAAGUUUCCUUACCCAACUGUGUCGGAAAUCACACUUCUAGCAACGCAAGCUAAAUACACUGAGGAACAGAUAAAAAUUUGGUUCUCUGCACAGAGGCUGAAACACGGGGUCAGCUGGACACCGGAAGAAGUGGAAGAAGCGAGGAGAAAGCAGUUCAACGGCACUGUGCAUACCGUUCCUCAGACCAUUACGGUCAUUCCGGCACACAUUUCAGCAGCUGGCAAUGGCCUGCCUUCCAUUCUACAGACGUGCCAAAUUGUUGGCCAGCCGGGCCUGGUUCUUACACAAGUUGCAGGCACUGGCACGCUUCCUGUGACGGCCCCAAUUGCUUUGACGGUGGCAGGAGUCCCGAGUCAAGCCCAGCUGCAGAAAGCACAUGUCCAGGCGACUCAACCAGUUACCGAAACCAAGCAAGUAGCUGCUGUCCCUGCCCCUCAGUUGACCAAAUCGGAGGUGGUGGCAGCGGCAGCCAACAGCGACACAGUCGGAGUCCGUGCGAAGAAGACGAAGGAACAGCUGACGGAGUUAAAGAUCAGCUACCUUAAAAGUCACUUUCCUCUUGAUUCAGAGAUCAUUAGACUCAUGAAAAUAACAGGCCUGACUAAAGGGGAGAUCAAAAAGUGGUUCAGUGACACCAGGUACAACCAAAGGAACUCAAAGCACAACCAUUACAAUCAUCUCAACGAUUCCUGCACUAUCAUUAUUGACUCAAGUGAUGAAACGAACGAGCCCCCAACACUGGUCCAGCCACAGCAGAAACAGUCAUCGAACCCCUCUGAGAUCAGCCCUCUGAAAUUCAAAGAGAAGACAGCUGAACAACUGCAAGUCCUCCAAGAUAGCUUCCACAACAAUCCCGACCUUACGGAUGACGAACUGAACAGGAUACGGACAGAAACAAAGCUGACCCGGCGAGAGAUCGAUGCUUGGUUUUCAGAACAGAAGAGAUCCAAUGUUCUACCUGAUGAAAGUGAGGAAUUGACUGAAAGUAAUGCAGGGAGCUUGAAGGAAACAUCUGCUGCAGACACAUCUGGGGGGGAAGGCACCGGAGUGCAGAAAGCGGGGAAGAUGACUAAAAAGUCACAGGAACAGUUGCAUAUGCUGAAAAUGUCUUUUGUCCGAACUCAGUGGCCAUCUGCAGAGGAAUAUGACAAGUUGGCAGAAGAAACUGGACUUCCUCGACCAGAGAUUGUGAGUUGGUUUGGAGAUACUCGCUACGCCUGGAAAAACGGUGGCUUGAAAUGGUACUACUAUUAUCAAGGGGCCAAUGCGAAUAGCGUGAAUGGUCGAGGCUAUUCCAGAAGGAGGGGGAGGGGAAGACCAAAGGGGAGAGGAAGGGGGAGGCCUCGCGGGCGACCAAGGGCCAACAAAAGGAUCAAACACUGGGACAGAACGCCAGUCAUCAAAUUUAAAACUGGAAAAGCCAUCCUUAAGGAUUAUUAUCUGAAACACAAAUUUCUUAAUGAACAGGACCUUGAUGAGCUGGUAGCCAAAUCGCACAUGGGAUAUGAGCAGGUCAGAGAGUGGUUUGCAGAUAGGCAAAGAAGAGCUGAGCAAGGCCUUGAGUUGUUUGAGGAGGAGGAGGAAGAGGAGGAGCUGCUGGAUGACCAGGAUGGCGAUGACGAUGACGAGGAGGAGGAGGAAGAGGAGGAAGAAGAAGAAACCGACGACAGUGACAAUUGGGAACCUCCUCGGCAUGUUAGGCGUAAACUCUCAAAAUCAGACUGAAGUCCCCACCUACCACUGGAAUGCAUCUCCCAAGACCUUCUCCAAGAUGAAAGCCGUUCCUGGCUCCUGUUCUACAUGCUCCCCUCUGUACAGAUUGGAAGUUAGUGGCCCAAUCCAGGCUCUUAGAAACUGAGAUGGGGAAAGAACUCACAGAGCCCUGGUAAAUGGCAUCCUCCCUGUUUAGGACUUUGGAUUUGAAAUUGUUUUACAAGCUGGAGAUUAAAGUGCAGCUACAGAUUCAGAUAAGAACAAUUCAGAUUAUUAUUUUUUAAAAAACAUUUAUUUAUUUUUGCCAGUGGCCUAGUGUUUAAAUUCAUACAAGUUUUGAAAUGUUCACAUUUCUUGCCUUUCCAGCUCUGGGUAUUGCUAAAUAAUUUGUGCAAUUCUCAAUUGCCUCUAUUGUCUUCCUUUGCAGUAGUAGCUCAAGUGAGUGAAUUUACGCAGCCAGCUUAAGCAGACUUCAUAGCAAUGCCUUCAUGCAGUCCAUCACUUCUGCUGCUCUACAAUGCAAAAUCAAGCUUUCUUCUUUUCUCUUCAGUCCUUGACAUUAUUUGGGCUUCAUUUCCUGAAGUGCUUUAAUAUUUUAGGGAGGAUUCGUUGUUGUUCUACAGUAGUAAUGCCCAGAAAGCUGCAUUUCCCAAAAUGUUUAAAGGACCAACUUAAAAAUCAGUGUAGUGGAACUUUCUUUGAUUCAUUAAAGUUAAAGUAGCCAGAUCUCAAUAGUUCGUGGCCAGCUUGCUCCCUGGUCUGAUGCAGAUGCAAUCCUGGCUCCCAGCAAACCAUGGUUUGCAGCUUGAAAGCCAGUCUCAGGAAUGCAUAUUCCCUUCCCUCCCUGAAGGGAAUUUCUUCUUCCAACAUUCAUGUUAACCACAGUUGAGCAUUGCAUAUGCACCAACCAUGGUUUUAACACUAACCAGGGGCUUUUAUAUCUAAUGCCCUACAAACUUACUCCAAGUUCUGAUUUCAGAUCCUGCUUUUAUGAGAGGACUAUUGUUUUGUGUCUGUGCCUGAAAUGCCAGCUAAACUAGAACCAAUGACUCAUGUUUGCAGUUUGGGUGUACUCCUGGAUUCAGCCUGGAACCUGGAUGCCCAGGUUUCGGCAGUGGCCAUGAGUGCAUUUGCAUAGCCGAGGCUAGCAUGCCAGUUGUGCCUGCUCCUGGAGAUGUCUGAUCUGGCCAUGGUGACACAUGCCUUAGCUGCAUCCCAUUUGGAUGAUUGCAACACACUCUACGUUGAGCUACCUUUGAAAAUGUUCAGCUGCUCCAGAAUGUUGCAGCCAUUGACCAGGGCUGGUUCUAUGGGGCACAUGACCCAUUGUUCCAGCAGCUUCACUAGCUACCAGUUUGUUUCUGGACACAAUUCAAAGCAUCAGUUAUGACCUAUAAAGCCCAAUGCAACUUGGGACCAAGCUAUUUGAAAGUCUGCCUUCUCCCAUAUCAGCCCACUGGAUUUUAAGUUCUUUGGUGGAGCCUUUCUCUUGAUCUCACCACAUUGGAGGCCAUGUGGAAGAGGGCCUUGUCAGUGGCAGCUCCCCAGGCUCUGGAACUCCCUGCCGAUGGAGGCUAGCUUGGCUUCCUCUUCGUUGCUUUCCCUCGACAGGCCAAGCCCUUUUCAUUCAAGGAUGUAAGCUGGUUUGUUCCUGACGGGGGUUUCAACUGGUUGGCUGCUGUUUUAUUUCUUUUUUCUUAUUGCCAUGCUUUUAAUUGCGCUUUCACCGAGAUUCUGUUUGCAUGGGUAUCUUAGCAUCUUUAGCUGCUCUCCGCACCAUGUUUGGCAGAAAGGCGGGCUGUACAUUUAAUUCGUGCUACCGGAAGAGAGUUGGGGAUUUGCUCCGGAGAGCAUGCGUUUGCUGAGGUUGGGUCAAACCAUGUUUUGCAGGGAGCCGGUGUCUCCUUGGCACUGGCCGCUGGCAAACAAAUCCGUGACACUCAAGGGCUGGUGGAGGUGGUUCUGGACUCGCUCAGAGACUCUCUUUUAGUCUGUCGGGCCUUGCAAGGUGCUCACUGAAACAUUGCUUAGGGUCAGGGGCCAGGUAGACCUGGUUCCUCUGUUUUGUGUUUGAUAUGGAAAUGUCAACACAAAGUGAUCCCCCCCCCCCACACACAGUCUUUCAUGUAAUAUUUCUUAGGAACAGGCCCUUCCUCCCUAGUGGAAACUGCCGUUUUGCUGCUGGAUCUUUCAGCCAGCGUAAAAUACUUCCUUCUCACAGUGCACCAGUAAUGAGCGUUCGCUGUGAAAAUGAUAUUGUAGAACCAUGUCAUGAUGUGUCUAUCGCAACUUUCCGCAACCUGAUGCCCUCCUAGAUUCCUGUCUAUUGGCUAUGCUGGUUUGGGCUGCUGGGAGUUGUAAUCCAAAAGAUUUGGAGGGCACAAGUUGGGGAAAGCUGCUUUACUGUAUCAAAAGUGAACACAAUAAUUGGCACUUAAGAGGAACCAGUGGAGGCUGGUGGCUCCGAUGUCAGUGGGGCAGUGAAUCCGCUCCGGGUUUCAGUCAGAAUCAAUCAGAACUAUAAAGGAGCUAUCCAAGGUGUUAAGCCCCUCCCUCAGUCCAUAUUGCACAAGGACUGUGCGUUAGCUAAAGGACAGGUCCUUUAGUGUUCUGACUGAAACCCGGAGUGGAUUCACCACCCCACUGAAGUUGAAGCCACCAGCCUCCGCUGAGAGGGACAGAAGGUACUAUGUGGCCUGAGACAUGCUUGUAUAACCCCCUUUCCCCAACCUGGUGCCCACCGUAUAUGUUAGACUGCAAGUCCCAUCCUCCCCAGCCAGCAUGCACUCCCAUCCCCAGAAUUGUGCACCACACUUUUAUUUUGAAUUUAAUUUAUGUAGAUCAUAAUGACCGAUGGCUAGGGUAAUUUGGAGGUGGGCAACUGUAAGCCCAAUCCUGCCCUCCAGGGUUCACCAAAGGGUCAUGCUCCCUUCCUCUGGCCCCAUCCACCGAUCCCUUGGCAGUUUUCUUGAUUUUGCAUAGUUUAUUCCUCAUUGAAAUGCCUUUCCCAGGGUUUAGUUACUGGCAGUCAGAACUUUAAGCUAAAAUAUGCUGGCAUAUUUGCCCUGCCCCCUUUUGCAUUUGACUCCGCCCACCACUGGAAUAUGCAGCCCACGCGUGCCUCUGAAAUUGAAUCCCUCCUUCCUGCUGAAAGAGGUUCCUCACCCUUGGAGAUAACUGAAGGCAAAUGGAUUAUCAAAUGAAUUGGGGGGGGGGGGGUUGAUAUCCUGGUUUGUUCUUGGUUUGCUUUUGAAUCAAUAUAACAUGCUUUUUCAAAUUGCCGUUUUUAGGAGUGUGUCUAAAAAGACUCAAGAAGCAAACUACCAACCCUUCUCUUCUGUUUAUUUUUUCCACACUUGUUCACAGCCACUGCAAAUCAAUUGUAACUGAAUAGGAAUUACUGAUUUGAGAUGAUUUGGGUGUUGGGAUGCAAAUCCAUUAAAGCAUUUGUUUCAUUUGGUGUGAUUUGGAUGGGAAAUAGAUUGCCUGGCUUCACCUUCUGUGAAAGUUAAACACUAGUAAUUAUUUCUAAAUGUGCAUGUAUAGAUAUAAACUACCUAGAGAUUUGUGUCUUGUAGGCUUGGCCCCUGAAUCUUUUUAAGUGCCUAGCAAUGCCCGUGGCCCAGAGACAACUGGGCCUGCUCACUUCAGGAUUGGGCCCCCUCUCCUUGAAGAUAAUAUGACUAGUAAGGUCCAGUUACACAGAUUCCAUUUCAGAAUUCCCCCAUUGUCCUAGUUGGGAAUCUGGCAGUUUUUGGUAGGUUUUUAGAAAGCUGCACUUGGCAAAUACUAUGCAGGUAUUGCUAAGAAUGCCAAAUUAACCACAACAGAUUUUGAACUGUUGUUCAGAAGCAUAAACUGUACAACAGAUUCUUAAAAGAAAUCAAAAUUACUUGGGUGGUGGUGGAGUUUCUUGUGACAUAGAUUUUAAUAGGCGUCUCCCAAUAUUGCGAGUUAGUAUCAGUAGGUCAGCCUACUAAUGCUUUAGUUCAAGGGUGGGCAACUUGUGGACCUCCAGAUGUUUUGGCCAACAGAAAGCCAGUGGUGUAGUGGUUAGGGUGUUGGACUUGGGAUUCAGGAGAUCUGGGUUCUAGACACACGCCCUCAGCCAUGAAGCUCACUGGGUGAUUUUGGGCCAGUCACUGACUCUCAGCCUAGCCUACCUCACAGGUUUGUUGUGAGGACAAAAUGGAGGCAAGGAAAAUCAUGUACACCCCUGCAGGUUACGUGGAAGAAAGGUGGAAUACAAAUAUAACAAACAAGUAAACUUCCAUUAUCUCUCACCUGGGGCGUUCUAGGCCAAAACCGUCUGGAAGACUACAAAUUACCCACCCUGCUUUAGUGAAUUAAAGGCCAAUUUUAAUUGAUGGGUGGGACUUGAGGAUUAGGGGAGGCACCCAUUUUUAUUGUUGAGGCUAUUUUGGUUCUGGCAUGGUAUAGGGAAUUAAUCUUCUCUUUAAAGGACAGCAUUUCCUUUUAACUCCGUGUGGCAUCCUUUGUUAAUUAAAUUGCAAGCAAUUCCCCCCCCCCUUUUGCGAAAGGUAUGCAUCGAGCAGGUGAUCGAUUUUAAAUCCCAUAUUUGGUUGAUGUCCAUACUACAGACCUUUGUAUAUUCUUUUCAAGAUAUCUGUGUACUCAGAAGUGCUUUUGUGGGUUGCCCCAUUCAUUCUAAGAGAGGGCGCAAAUCAACUCCUUUGAUUUUCAAGAUUGAAGUGAUAGAGUAGGUUGAGAUCUUUUUAGCAGGGUAAUUUGGCAGUGACAUUUUUCAAAAACGGUACCUGUAUACCAUGAUGGUAUAGUCAUGACCAAUCAGAACUGAGGAGGGUUUGGAAGUCAGUGUGCUAGGGUGUGCGUUAACCUUGCAUACAACCUUCUUUACAAAGACCCACCCCAUAUUUGAGCACUGAGGCCGCUUAUUAGGAUAUUAGAUCUCUGAUUCUUGCUCAUGAAUCUCAUGGGACCCAAACUCCUUCUCUUUCCAGAGAUGAAAAGCAUUUUAGCACUGAUUAAAUCAACCCUAUAUUAUAGCAAUGCUCUUUCUGUUCCUAUUUCAGUUACGUUUUGUGUGUCUUGUUUCUUGCAAAGCUUUUUUGGCCCGACAAUACCAUGGGAUAUUGUUUUGACUUGCAUUUGUUUACAGCUCAAUGUUCCUAACGCUGCUGAAAAAAAGAUAGCGUUACAAGCACAACGUUGUGAGGCCACAACCAGCACUGUGACGAGAUUGAGCUGCAGGACUUCCUGUUGCGUUAACGCCUUUCGAAGUGGCUUCCCCCCCCCCCCAACUUCUGGAAAGUACAAGUAGUUGCUAGCUAUCCAUAGGAAAGGUUUGAGGGUAAUACAGGGUGAAAGAAUUGCACUGAAUAUAUAUCACAGGGGAUUGAAAACUGCAGAUUUACUUCAAUGAAGGUCCUGCAGCUUUUUCAGUACACAUGCAAAUAAACACCUUAUUUCUCUGAAUUUGCAGUUGCAAGGACUACAUUGUGAUGUAUUUGAAUCAUAAGAAUGGUGCUUCUGUAAUUGCCCGUAAAAAUGUGACAGCAGCAUGAAGAAGGUAACUAAAUCUGCUUUCCAGGUGUAUUGUCAUUGCAGGUGACCCGUGCUUUUAGACUCCUUAGAAGUGAAGAUUUUAUUUUUUGCUGGAUGGAUGCAAAGCAGCUUAUACCUUUCUUCCUUUCUAGCAACAGCGGGGGGGGGGGAUUCUUGGGGUUCGGAAAGGAGAUACAUAUGAGUCCAGCAAUUCUGGUUUACUGUGAAUGAGGGGAUGGGGGUGCCUGAUCUUUUGUGGAAGAAAAAGAAUUGGACACACACAACCCCAAGAUUGGAAUAUGCCACAAGGAUUGGACCAUCCAUGUUGUGCCAAAGUUAAAAACUACUGCAGUUGGCAGAAGUUCUGUACUGUAAAUAAGACUGGUUAAAUGAAACUUGUAAAGAAAAAAAUGGACCGGGGGUGGGUGGGGGAGAGAUCAGAUUUUAAUACAGAACAUUUCUAUUCUGCUACUACAUGAUAGAAACUUUCAUGUUUUUAAGAACUUUAACCUAAAGGAGAAACGACAACCACUAGAUUUUUGUCUGGCUUGUACCAAUACUGUAUGUUCUUAGUAUAAAAAUGGGCUUUAUUGCCUGUGUUCUUUGAUAUGUGAUUUAAGCUUAUAGCUUUGAGUGACCAAACAUUUUACAGAGUAAAAGUUCUUAGAAACAAGUA